AGACAGAGGCCAAAGAGCGCCCAGCAGAGGAUCAGAGCAGAGCCGACUCUUGGAUCCACCACUCCGCACUGUCAGCUCCCCCUCCUGGCCAUCAUGGAGCAGUUUGAAGGCUUCACCCCAGCUCAGACAGUGGAGAGGGUCAGUAAACUGUUAAACUGUCCUCCCACCUCCGCACAAGUGGCUGAGUACCUGGACAAACAGGACCCUCUGAGACCAUUUCGAGGAGAGUUCUUCCUGCCCAAGGUGUCCGAGCUGCCCACCUCUGACCCGUCGGUCACUGAUGGCUCUUUGGACUGCAUUUACCUCGUGGGCAACUCUCUGGGACUACAGCCCAAACUGGCCCCACGGUACCUGCAGGAGGAGCUGGACAAAUGGGCCAAAACUGGCGUGCACGGUCACACAGACGGCUCUCGUCCCUGGGCCUGGGCGGAGAACAACUUAGAGCAGAUGAUGGCGGAUGUUGUGGGCGCGAAAAGAGAGGAGGUGGCUUUAAUGAACGGAUUAACAGUUAACCUGCACUUACUGCUGCUGUCGUUCUACAAACCCACAGCAUCUCGACACAAAAUCCUCCUGGAGUCCAAAGCGUUUCCCUCGGAUCACUACGCUGUGGAGUCUCAGAUCCGUCUGCGAGGGUUUAACCCCGAGGAGAGCAUGCGGCUGGUGUCUCCUAGACCUGGGGAGGAGACUCUGAGGACAGAGGACAUCCUGGAUGUGAUAGAGAAGGAGGGACAGUCCAUCGCCGUGGUGAUGUUCAGUGGAGUCCAGUACUACACCGGUCAGCUCUUUGACAUGGCUGCCAUCACUGAGGCUGGACACAAGAAGGGUUGUUACGUGGGCUUUGACUGCGCUCAUGCUGCAGGGAACGCUGUGCUCAAGCUCCAUGACUGGGACGUGGACUUCGCCUGCUGGUGUUCCUACAAGUAUUUAAACUCUGGAGCUGGAGGUUUGGCCGGAGCGUUUAUCCACGAGAAGCACAAAGACGCCAUCAGACCAGCGCUGAUGGGGUGGUGGGGUCACGACCUCAAAACACGCUUCAACAUGAACAACGUGAUGGAGCUGCAGCCCGGAGUGAGCGGAUUCAGGCUGUCGAACCAACCUAUUCUGCUGGUGUGCCCCCUGCAGGCCAGUUUAGAGGUGUUCCACAAAGCCGGCAUGUCGUCCCUGAGGAGAAAGUCCUUGUUACUGACGGGGUAUUUAGAGUACCUGAUCCUGCACUACUACAGCCAGGACCCCUCCCAGCCCCACAGGCCCUACGUGCACAUCAUCACCCCCUCGGACCCCCGGCAGAGGGGCUGUCAGCUGUCCCUCUGCUUCUCUGUGCCCAUACGCAGAGUCUUCCAAGAACUGGAGAAAAGGGGCGUCGCUUGUGACAUGCGGGAGCCCAGUGUCCUGCGGGUGGCUCCUGUUCCUCUGUACAACUCCUUCAGCGACGUGCACCGCUUCAUCGAGACACUGGGGGGCGCUCUGAAGGCUAGCUGCUCCUGAGAGGUCGUACAGGAACACAGCCUACUCAAGUGUUAUUUAAGGAACGAGGUCAAACGCUAUUUGAGAUUAAGAACAAAGGUAUAGACUAUAAUUGAUCGUGUGUCCAAAGGUGUCAUGUUUGAAUAGAGGGCGUGGACUUUAGGGUCCUCACUGUUUACAAAGUACAAAAUAUCUGUGUAUUUGUAUCUUAAAGAAGGAGUAUUAUACAAAAUUGACUUUUUUGGAGCUUUCUACCAUGCUACAAUGUUGUUCUCUGAUAAAAAUUAAAAAAAAGAGCCUGAAUUGGUUUUCGAUGUCAUUCAUGCAUGUUUGAGUAAUUUAGCAAUCUCUCCCACGCCCUAUUCAAACCCUCCUUACGUUUAGCUGUACUAUACACUGUCCAAAGCUCCGCCCACAAGACAACACAGCGAUUUCCAUAAAUAUACAAAAGAAUGAUACAAAACAAUACGCUACAACUUCACAAAUAUGGAAUGAUGUGCAGUAGUUUCAUUAACGGGAUAUGUAAUGUGAUAGUGCUCUGAAGGGGGAGCGACUUAGCGCAGAGAGUAAAGGGAACAGGGACUCAGACUGUCAAAAAACAAAACUUGAAACAUUCUAAACAUUUUAAUACGUUGUUUUUGGCGAUUAUAGCAUUUUCAAAACAAUAAAAGCUAACAUGGUGAUCUAAAUAUGUUAUGCGUUAGCGGUUACCGUAUUUUCCGGACUGGACUAUAAGUCGCUCUGCAGUAUAAGUAGAAAAAUGCAUGAUAAUGAAGAAAAAAACGCGGUUGUCAGUGCGACUGUAACAAAGAUGUGAAAUUAUAUACUCAGAUGCGACUUAUAUUCCACAUAUAAGUCAAUGUGUCUGAGUAUAAGUCGCACCCCCGGACAAACUAUGAAAAGAAAAAAAGUGCGACUUAUAGUCUGGAAAAUACGGUAAUACCCCAUAGAAGUAAAAUACCCC